UGGUCGGAACAAUUUGAUUUGCAUACAUAUCUCGAUCAGUCAAAAGUGUUGGAAAUGUCAUUAUUUGGCAGAGAAGAGAUCGGAAAGUUUUCAAUCAAUUUAAAUGAAUUGGCGGCCGAAGAGACACAUAAAAUAUGGGCCACUUUAGAAGGAGACGCCGCCUCUGUUUUGAUUUUACUCACGAUUAGCGCAACUCUCGGAUCCGAAACCGUAUCACAUCUUAACAACGAUGUGAACACUAAAGAGCAGCAAAAUUUGCUUCAAAAUAAAUAUAGUUUAUGGAAAAUAUAUAAGGCCGAAGCGUUAGCCUCAGCGGACAUCGGGGGUAAAAGUGAUCCGUUUUGUGUCCUUGAAUUAGUGAAUUCACGAUUGCAAACAAAUACUGAAUACAAAACAUUAGAUCCCGAAUGGAAUAAAAUUUACACCUUGUAAGAUUUAAUACAUCAAUUCAAUUAUGACCGUAAUA